CAAAUAAGUGUUUUUAUGAACAUAGCGUCUUGUCUAUUAUCACAGUCAUUAUUAUAAUUAGUGGGCGGAGCUUGGGAAUGUGAGUGGUUCACAUUCUUUAUUUCUUAAAGCAGAGACGUACACAGCAGAAGAACACUUCAAAUAUAUUUUCUGUGUUAAUACAAGUUUAUGAAAUAAUAUUAUUAAUACUAUACUAGUAUUCACACUUUAUCAGUUUAUAUUGCUAUAUUUGGAAAUAUUACAUAUAUAAAUACAUUUUAUAUAUGUUGUGGAACUGUUAACAAUAUAUAUUGUUCGCCCUACAUUUGGACACUUCGGGAUAACCGUAAGGAUUUGGACUACGUCUACCGUCAUUCGGUGAGUGAAGUGAUUUAAUAACUUUGAUUACGUAUAUAAUAGUAUAUAUGUACAAAUACAACCAUGAGUAAAAUACCCGUUUUGAUAUUUGGACACUCAUUAAUACACUGGCUGAACAUUUAUCAAAUGAAAUGUAAAAACAAUCUGGGACUAUCUUUAACCCAAUUUGACUUGAUUUUUCGUGGUAUUAGAGGUGGAACAUUUGAGUGGUCUCCUAAAUCACGAUCCAGAUUUCAGAGGAAAAGUUUAGUCGCCUAUUUAACAGAUAUGAUGGUAAAAUCGGACCCUCGUAUAGUUUACUUGCAAUUAGGUGGAAAUGACUUGGAUAAUCCCAACUUUAACAUUGAAAAAAUAUUCACGGCAAUCAAAAGUUUCGCCGAAUUUAUUGCAGAAGGAUAUGACGAUGUAAAGGUCGUUUGCGUUGGUCACGUAUUUAAGAGAUUAAAACCACGCAUUGGUUUCGAAGAUUAUGAAAGAGCACGCUUGGCCCUUAAUUCAAGAAUUUCCGACUUACAAGGAUCUCAUAAGAAGAUAUUGAUAUGCCGUAAUUUUGGCUUCAUGAACAAUGUAUCGUUGAAGUUUGAUAACAAAGGCAUUCACUUAACAGACGAGGGCAAUAGAUGUUUUGCCAACAAUAUCAAAAGGGAACUCAUCGCAAUUAGAAACAGUGAGUACCUCAGGGUGUUUUGCUUAUGGUUGAAUCUUUAUGAUGGUUUUAAACAACAUGCCACAUAUGCUGGCCUUUUCUUAUGAUAUGUGCUGCUUAUGGCAGGAUUAAUUGUGAUGUGUGCUGCUUAUGGCGGCAAAAUUACAACAUGUGCUGCUUAUGGCAGCAGUAAUUGUGAUAUGUGCUGCUUAUGGCGACAAAUUUAAAAUAUGUGUUGCUUAUGGCAGCAGGUAUUGUGAUAUGUGCUGCUUAUGGCGGCAAAUUUAAAAUAUGUGCUGCUUAUGGCAGCAGUAAUUGUGAUAUGUGCUGCUUAUGGCGGCAAUCUUAAAAUAUGUGCUGCUUAUGGCGGCUUGUAAAAUAGGUGCGCUGCUUAUGGUAGCAACUUUCCUAAGGUGCUGCUUAUGGCGGCUUAUACAUUAUGUGCCACUUUUGGUAGCAAUGUUUUUUAAUAUAUGCUGCUUAUGGCGGCUUACGCAAUUAUGUACGCAAAAUAUUACUGUAGUAUAUGAGAUAUGAAUUCAUGAUCUGAAUAGUUAUGUCUUGGAUGUUUUUCAUGAACGAUAUGACUUAUAUCGUACAAUGAACUUGAUAGGCUUUUUCAGUUAUAAUGGCAAUGAGUGGGUUAACAUUUGGAGUUUUUCUUUGUGCUAAUUUUACUCACAUUUAUAAGGUUCUGGGGAUUUCGAAUUGAAAUUGUUUAUGGGUUUCCAUCCCAGGCCUUAAAUUACACCGUGUUUAUCUUAAAUGUGUUUAACUUAAGUUGUUUAAUUGGUAUACAGUUUCAAUUAACUGCCUGCUCAUGACUAAGGUGUUGACAUAUUUGAUUUGUUUCUUCACUUUUUUCAAGUUGAUAUAUGAUAAGUGGAAACGUGUGUUUGAUUAGACUAAAACUGAUUAAUUACCGUCCCACAUGUUUCAGGCAAUGGUCGUGUAUUACAUAUUUCCGAAAAUGUAUUGUUUCCAGAUAUACUCGAUCCGUUUUUAUUUUCCAGGUUUGUUCAUAAACAGCUGUGAAGCAUGCCCAAAGCAAAGCCCCCGAAACGUUCCCGCCCGAGCAAAGCGCCUAUGCCAAAGAAAAAAACACGGCAAUCAGAGACAGAUGCCGCUAAAAUAUCGCUUAAAGAUGAGAUC